AUGACGUAUCGCCGUACCGCCCAGGAGCUUCGAGCUAGUAACCAGGCUCUGCAGCAGCAGGUUCAAUGCAUGCAGCAGCAGCUGCGGGAGCUACAGGCCGCCGCCGCUGACGCCGCCGAUACGGCGGUGCGUAGCCCACGGCAGCGGCGCUGUUCUCCGCCAGCGCCGCCGCUGCCGGAGGGUGAUGAGGAGGAGGAGGGGGAGGCCGCAAACCCUCCGCCCGCGGUACUAACGGCUCCGAAACCAGACGACUCCCAUGCGGCCGCAUGUCAGGAUGGAGCACUCACCACCGUCGCUGCCGUCGCCGCCAAGGACUGUGGAGUCGUUCACGUUGAGGACGGUGAUGACGGUAGCUGUGCACUGUCAGCCCAGGAAAUCCGUCUUUUGGUUUCGGAGCUGGAGAAGUACCGGGAAAAGUACCGGAAGGCCCAAAGGGCCUGCCGGGAAGCUCGACAGCUCGCACGUCACUGGCAGCGCGCUUACUGGGGACUGGUGGAGAUGAAGGACGGGCCGGAGGCAGUGCCCGCCGCGAUGCAGAUGCAG